AUUAAAAUUAGCGCUAAACGACACUGCGACUUACCAAAUACCGCGCAGUGUUACCUGCCAGCCGCGCAGCAGCUCUAAAAUCACCAGGAGAGGCCAGCGCAAAGCGAGCGCGCGAAAACGCGCCGCCGCGGGGGCACAUUUGAAAAGUUGCCGCCAAGGCAAGUGCCUAUCUCGCGCGCGACGCGCAUCACCUGAGGCGCAGCAGCCGCCGGUAGACCCGCCGCGCGGCCCGCGACGGGAAACCCGAGCCAGACAGCAGCGGAGCCGCCGUGACACACGCAGACGCGGCUUCGAGAACUUCGCCUGCCGUCUUCCACGAAGAACAAACACUAUCGAAAAGCCAAGAUGACGCGGGAACUGGCCUUCCUGGUCAUCCUGGGCGCCGCCGCAGCCUUGACGCCGGCGGACAAUCGAGCCGGCCUGCUCCACCUGCUCACACAACGAAGUGUGCAGACGAACGUUUAUUACCUGACGAACUUUCACGACGAGCCCAAGGCCAAGUGGCUCGCGCGGUACCGCGAGCCCGUCGUGAGCCUGGAGAUGGACCGGAUAUCGGAUCGGAGCGUCCAGCCGCGCUAUCACGGCUUGGACGCGUACUGUCAAGAAGAUGACGAGGCGCCCAUCGACUACUUGAGGGACAUGAUGACGGCCGAGCCCGUAGAAUACAAAGUGAGGUACUUGGUAGGCACGCCCGAGGGCGCGCCGCGGCCCGACACCGCGGGCGCGCCCGAGGGCUUCGCGGAGACCACAUCAGCAGCCAUGGGCAUGUGGAGCAACCCCGCGGCGCAAUCGAGGCGGAACAACCCGUUUUUGGAAAGGUCCAAGAAGUACAUUGAGUACGACGAGACGAUCGUUCCCGCGAAGGUCGCGCAAAGCCUCAUGCGGACGCGCGAGCAGCUGGCGCGCGAGUGGGCCUGGGACCUGAGGUCGUUAUUAAGUCCGAACGCGGCGUUGGAAAGCGCCAUCGAUGGUACUUCCAAAAUAAAUGCGCCGGGCAUGGACGAGGACUGCUCGCCCUUACGAAGCGGCAACCAGGACUUGUGUGCCCGCCUCGCGACGCGGUCGGCGGCCAUCCAGGCGCUCUCGGAGUUGUCGCAACCGGAAGCGAGGUAUCUGUCGCGAAAGCUCGCCCCCAAAACGGAAGACGACGACCGACCUCCGCUACCAGUCACCAAAGGGGACCAGCCGGACUACCUGCCGGACCCGAUCCACGCCGAGCUCAAGGAGCGGAUCUGCGACCUGCAGACCUACGCGGACGCUUUGGGGGAUCACAGCUCGUCGCCGGGCGCCGCGGACCGGUUCUUGGACGACAUCCGGGGCGAUAGCGUCGGGAACGACGUCGACCCGGCCGCCGUCGCCUCCAAAAUCAUCACCAUCCGGGAUACCUUGGUAAGGGACUGGAGCGAGGCCGUCGUCGGCUGCGUCGCCGACGAGCACGCGCUCGUCUGCCGCGAGGCCCUCGAGGCACAGCUCGCGCAGGCCGAGGACAAUUGAGAGACCACCACCCAUGCACAUAGCCGCCGGUGCCGGCGAAGCUGAGCCC